AUGUUAAAAAAUCAGGUCGAACCAGUCUGUCCCAGUCGCACUACUCACUACUUUCAGAUUUUCAGAAAACACCCGUCAAAGACCGUCAAAGGAUUUGGAAAUUCACCACCGAUGGCUGAAGACUGUCCAUUCACUGUGGAGGAGCUACACUGUCCUGUGUGCUGUAAGGUCUUCGAUGUCCCCGUCACACUGAGUUGCAAACAUAGCUUCUGCAAAACCUGCGUUCAGACGCACUGGAACUGUAGAGGAACACUGCAAUGUCCUCUGUGCCGCCGUACAGAGCGCUCAUCCAGGCCUCCAGUCAAUCAGGCUCUAAAGAUGGCCUCGGAUGUCUUUAAAAAGAAGCCGGAGCUGUUCAUGGUUAAAUCGGUGGAGCUUUGCUCAAUACACAACGAGGAACUGAAGCUUUUUUGUCGGAAAGAUGCAGAACUUAUCUGUGUUGUUUGUACGUCCUCAAGGGGACACAGAAAUCAUGAUUACUGCCCGAUAGCAGAGGCAACAAAGGAAAUAAUGAAAGAGCUCACAACUAGGUACAAUCCUUUGAAGAAACAACUAAUCGACUUUGAAAAAUUAAAGGUGAGCUUGGAGGAACUGGAAGCAUACAUACAGAAACAAGCAGCUGAAACUGCUGCAGAAGUAAAACAAGAGUAUGAAAAGUUAUAUACAAUGCUGAGGGAGGAGGAGGCAGCUCGACUCAUGGUGCUUCAAAAUGAGAGAGACAGUAAGACCAAGGUGGUGAGAGAGAAACUGGAGGAGGUCAAUAAGAGCAUUGAAGAGCUCUCUGACAUUGUCAACUACAUUGAACCCAUCAUAAUAGCGGAUAAUCUGACAUUUUUAAAGGAAUGUAAGGAGGCAAUAAGACGGUACUGUUAGCAAUAGCUUUUAAUUUAAUAAGUCUGUUUUCUCUUAUCACACUGAAAUCAACAAAUAAUGCAUUUAUUAUAGGACUAGCUCCACUGUACCUGAACCAGAAUAUCCAGCAAGGGCACUUAUAGAUGUGCCUCAGUACCUGGGAUCAUUAAAGCAUGUGGUCUGGAAAAGAAUGGAAAGAGAUGUCAGCUACUGUAAGUACACAUCAAA